ACUGAUUGUUGACAACGCGCCCUGCGCGCGUGCACUACUAUGAUGCUCAAAGGAGUGAGGAGGUGAAUUUUCUCUUCACACUGACGGAGCAGCUUCACAGGCAGGGUCCAGAGACGCUUUUUCUUUUCUGAAAAAGCAACAACAAAUUGUCGGAGCAGUUGCGUAAAACGGAGCGGCAUCGCGAGGAACAGAAGCAGGUGCGCUGCUCGCACUCUUUAUUUGACGGAGCCCUGAAGUCAUGCGCGCGCUACUUGAUGAAAAGUUAAUUCACGCGUACUAAGACACAGACAGCGGGAGAAGUGAAGUGCACAGAGCGCGCGUUUCGCUGCUCAUUAAUUACUCGUCGUACGUUCGCACUGGGAAUAAACAAUCAUAAUGUCGAGGAAAAAAGCGGUCAAAGGGAAGGGGAGUUCAAAUACACCGAGCUCAUCUCCGAGCAGCGAUAAAGAGAAGGGUAAGAAAGUCCUGACCCAGUCCAACGGAGUGGUGCAUCCCAGCAGACCCUCUCUCAGCAACAGCGGAGAAUUCUACGACAUCGCCUUCAAGGUAAUGCUGGUUGGUGACUCUGGGGUGGGGAAAACCUGUCUGCUGGUUCGCUUUAAAGAUGGAGCGUUUCUUGCUGGGAGCUUCAUCUCAACAGUCGGUAUAGACUUCAGGAAUAAGGUUCUGAACAUUGAUGGUGUGAGAGUUAAACUACAGAUCUGGGAUACGGCAGGACAGGAGCGAUUCAGGAGCGUGACGCAUGCCUACUACCGAGACGCUCACGCUCUUUUGCUGCUCUACGAUGUGACAAAUAAAGCUUCUUUUGACAACAUACAGGCCUGGCUCACAGAGAUUCACGAGUUCACUCAGCAGAACGUAGUGAUCAUGCUUCUGGGUAACAAGGCCGAUUCCACACAUGAAAGGAUUGUGAAGAGAGAGGAGGGUGAAAAACUGGCUAAGGACUUUGGCGUUCCCUUCAUGGAAACCAGUGCUAAAUCAGGUCUGAAUGUGGAGUUGGCCUUCACUGCUGUGGCCAAGGAACUGAAGCACAGGGAGAUGAAGGAGCCUAACGAGCCAAAGUUUCAGCUGCAGGAGUAUGUUAACAAGGAGAUGAAGGGAGUCGGCUGCUGUCGCUCCUAAAGCCGCGCGCGCUCGUGCGCAUCCAUCUCUCUGUCUGUCUGUUUGUGUGUUUUCCACUUUCAUCCUCUUCUCUCGCAUAAAUUGGAUGCCUGUCAGAUAUUCUUCUGCGGCUCUGGAGACUUUCAUUUUCAAACGCUGUGUUCUUUCUUUGGACCUCCAUGCACUUCACAGCUCGCAAACAAUAGCGAACGACACGAAGCUAACGUGGUGUAAAGAGAAGCAGUCAUCAGAAUGCAAUUGGCACGUGCUUAAAUAUUCACACCCUCAAUAAACACAGACCCACCGCUCCAAGCAGCUGUGAAUGUAUGUUCAACACUCAUGACCAGUGUGUCUCAAAGUUAGCUUUUAUUACAUGGCAAAAUCAUUCAGUUAUCCAAUUACUUAGUUAGAUGUACUUUUCUGUGGCAGCUUCACUUGAACCCAAUUAUAUACCACUUUUCCUGUUAAAAAUACCCUCAAGUGUGUCAUAAACGUGGUUGUUCAGCACAGAGAAAAUUACAAGUGUAAAAGCAUAAUUAACAAAGACUUAUCUUUUUAUAACUUGCGGUUUUCUGUGGUUUCAGUCUCAUUUGGUAAAUGUCUUACAAAAUGAGUCCUUUGUAGACAUUGAAAAAUAAGUGCAACAUUUUUAAAAUUGUGUUAGUGAGAUGCUUAAUUUU